GAAACGUCACGAGCAUAUGGGUUUGUUUACAAUCAUCGGUGUUCUGAUAGUGGAUCACGCUUUUUGCUGCUGAAAUCUGACAUUUAUUUGUAAAUCAUUGUAAAUUUCAAAGUAUUUAUCGAAAAAUGAAACUACUUACGUAUAAUUUUCUAACAUCCAAGUGUAUUCGAGGCGUCAAAGUUGGAUUUCCGUUAAAAUUGAACAUUGUAGAGAAAAAAGUUGUUUCAACGGAUUUCAAUACGGAAUUUAUGACACGUAUGAUUCCUCGGUUGGAGUGGAGCGCUAUCAAACAGGCUGCUAAUUAUGUUGGAACCGAUCUUCCGGACACAUUGCCGGAAGAUAUCACGUCGGAUACCGAAACACUGCAGAAGCUCCAUCACGUUCUGAUGGAAGUGGAUAUCGUCGAAGGAACUCUCGAAUGUCCGGAAACGGGUCGGCUGUUUCCGAUCACCGACGGCAUUCCCAAUAUGCUGCUAAAUGAGGACGAGGUGUAAAAAUUCGUUAAACCCAAACAACGAACGAGUUGAAAAGAUAUGGUGUUUUUUUUUCUUCGGAAAUGCCAAUGUUUAUUAACUUGUAUUUUAUAAUUUACAUACAAUAAUAAGGGUGCAUUUUUUUUUGCAACAGUUGCUUUUCUCGCAUAAUGGUUCAGAGAUGGCGUGAAUUAAAUCUAACCGAAAUUUUAUUUUUGUUUGAAGAUGGACGCAAUUUUUCCAAUCAGUUUGGAGCAUUUUCGCUUGGAUGAGUGUAUGCCGCUCCAGGGUUUGUUUCAUGAAAGUCUAAUGAUUUGUGGGACGAACAAGGUACAGGUUUCACUUAUAGUAAUGCUUCUAAUAUGGCAAGUUAGUAUUUGAUACUCGAAUGUCAAGUUUGUUUUUCUCUAAUUAUAUUUAGUCAAAUUAGGCUAAUAGUGCUGUUUCACAAAAAUUCAAUAUAUUUGUGACAAUCGGAAUGCAAGUUGACUAUCACAUACAUUUUUCGUUACAUUUGUUUUAUGAUUAUAAUAUCAAAAUACUAGAAGUAAUGGAAACUUUGCUUUCAGUAGAUUGUAAUCUUGCAUUUCAGUAGAACUUGGAAUUCUGUUUUGGCCUCACCUUCAUACACUUCCCUAUUGUUGAUGCCACGGCAAAUAUCUUUCAGAAGGCAAUGAAUGGUUAUUGGGAAUGAGCAAUUUGCACUAGUUGUUUGUGUUUUCGAAUGAACAUUUGGCUUCAAACUAGCGCAUCUAAUAGUGACGAAGCCUACCAGCUGUGUGUAAUAUUCACUACAUUUUUGUUUUUUUUUACAUUACAUGUUUAUGUUGCCAUCUUUUACUAGAUCUGUAGGAGAA